CACCACAACGGCAUCUGUGCCCCGCACGACCCUUCGACGUCGCCAGCUGCGCCCGCCAAGUGUCAUUUCGCACAGGUUUCGCCCCACCUCUGUUCCCACCACGACGUUGCGACGUCAGUCUCCGAUCUAUCACAGUUCCAGCACAACUGAUCUCUCCACGCUCCUGUAAAAGCGCGCUUUCCCAUCCUCCUUCCAUCUCCACUCUCCCUCCCCUUCCCACCCGCCAUGCCUCUCUCCUUGCGCCGCAAGGGCAGCAUUAGCUCCCUCCUCAGCGGCAAAGGACAUCGCCGGUCUUCUUCCGAGUCUUCCCUCUCUGCCAUCAAGCCCGAAGUAACAGCAAACACCCACGCUAGAAAACCAAGCAGCGGCUUGCUAGGUCUUACCCCAUUGCAAGAAGGAGACCGGGCCCCGUCCAGAGUUCGUCCACCACCUUCCGCAUUCCGUGGUGUCCGCCCAGCACCCCCGAGCCCCAGCCCCAAGGGAAAGGAACCCGCGCCAGUGGCACCCCUGCAGUCUCGCCCCGGCCGAGCGCACUGGGUUGUCGACUCGCUCGAGACCCACCGUGGCAAUGAGAUCUGGUCUCAGCAGAACCGUGUAAUUCUGGUCGUUGGCGAGCCGAGCCGCGCCGCUCUAGCGCCCCUCCUUUACUCUCCAGCCUUUGCGGACACACUCGUUCUGGUGGGAUCGCUGGAACCCAUCCCUGAAAUCGAGCUUCUCAACUCGCCCUCACACCUUCUCCACUCCGAAACCAUUUAUCCUACUGUUCAGCCAUUCCAACCACCCGCAGCAGCCAUCGCAGAUGCCACGCACCCAGUCACUGUUGUUCUCCAAUAUGGAACAGCACUGGCUGAAGCCCACCGGCGGGACACGGCUGUUUCUCAGGUUUUGACACGACCAGGCAGCUUUGGGCCUCGAUCCCGCCGCGGAUCGUCCACAUCCCUCAGCGGUUCCCAUACCCCACCGGGGACUCCCCCACCCCCGACGGCGCGCCGGAGACUGUGGUCAUUUGGCUCCAACUCCCCGGCUGAAGAAUCCUCACCCGCUGUCUCGCGGCAAGGAUCGGCGCUCGAUCUUACGCGCUUCGUCUCGGAAAGCAACCGGAGCCGUACUCCGUCGAUUGCUGGCGACAAGGAGCGCAAGACUUUGCAUAAGAGAGCGUCGUCGUUGUUCAAGAAGGAUCAGGUGGUCUCUGAUGGCUCGCCCAUUGACGCGAUAAUCAACUUUAUUCCCUUCGCCGACCCUCGGCUGGACCAGCAACGCGUGCUACAGGCAAUGCUCCAGAACACUGUUGUUUUGACAACUGCGGCCUUGCCCAUUCUUGCGACGGCAGUCACGACCUCGAGUGCUCAGGCUCAAGUUGCCAUCACUGAGCUUUCGCCCCUGUCGCUAAUUCACAUCGUGCCUGUGGACGCUCCCCUUCAGCUCCCAACCGUCAUUGAGCGGUUCCUCCUUCCGUUGCUUCCGACCAUGGCGGGCAGAGUUCGACGGCCUCUCUUUGGUUGCGUCACGGGCUACGGCGCCUGGCUGUCGCCCAUGACUGAUCCUGUCAACGGUGGCGCUUCUGGAGCCGAGACGCUGCUGUUUGGUGGUGUUAGAUGCCCCAACCACAUUGCUGAAGCCGAGGGUGUCAAACCUCAGGCCAUGCUUGCUGGUUGGGAUCACUGCGCCUCGUCGCCGGGCCUGCUCACAGAAACGGUCGAGAACAUGAAGACGCCACCGACCUUCUCCCGCCAGGCGUCGCACAUGGCGCUUUCCGAGCUUCGUACGCAGCCUACCCGACCGAGUGCGAUGAGCAGCAGCCAGUCGAUGAUGUCUGUGGGGACCCCCGGGUCUCCUGCAUCGUUGUCACCACCGAGCUCGCCCAGCAUUGCAUCCGGCCGCAGCCUACCUCCCGGUGCCGCUCCUGCCCGAAGCACUUCCCCGACUGCCGCACUUAGAGGCGCGCCAACUGCCAGACCCGAAAGCAAGAGUCCCGCCCCAGUCCAGCACCAGCCCACUCGGCAGGCUCGGACGCAGACGCCGUCACCGCCCCCCAAGAUCAGAGAGCCCCUCCCUCCCAAGGAGAUCCCGACAUUGCGUGCGAAGCCUCAGAUGCCCCGGCCCACAUCUGACCCGUACCGGAGCAAGACACCGACGCCCGCCGAGUAUGUGCGCCCAGAAAGUGUGACCCCUAGGGGCACGAGCACACCCACGUCAUCAAUCCCGUUCACUUCCAGAUUCGACCCGCGGUAUAGAGAGUUGGAGGCCAAGCGCGAGAAGGAGGCCGACGCGACGCUUCGCGCCCAGGCCAAGGAGGCGCUCAGAGCGACUCUGUCUCCGUCCAUUGCACCUCGUAGCGCGCCCCUGCCGAAUGGCGCUGCGCCCCCGGCCGAGUUUGGCGGCUACGACCGGCGUGCGCGCGGCCCCUCUGGCCUCCGCAACGCGGUCACGGUGCCACAGAACAACCUGCAGCCGUCUCCGCCCACACCCGAGCUCGACCCAAGCUCUUCCUCGUGCUCGAGCAGCUCGGUGCUUGAGCCCAGCUGGUCGGAGGACCGCAGUGGCAGCAGUGCGCGGAGUAGCAAGCGGUCGUCGGCGACGCCGCAGGCGACGCUGUCGAAGCCGAUUUCGGGGAGUGUGAGCCGCAAGGGUUUAUCGGGCUUCACGAGCAUCUUCAAGCGCCGCAGCGUUAAGGCGUAGGCUAGUCCAGGCGUAGACAAUCAAGGCGUAGGCAGCAUCUGCAAGAAUAGAGAGUGCAUGAGUGGCCAUGGCCGGUGGCCGACGGACCCUAGUUGUGUCAGUA